UGUCCCUCGGACACAGCGGAUCAUGGAAAGAGCCGAAGAUGGGACAUGUGCACUGAUCAUCAGGGCACUGAUGAUCAGUGUGCCCUGUUGAUCAGUGUGGCCCCAGAAGUGCCACCUGUCAGUGUUCAUCAGUGCCAGCAGUCAGUGCUCACUAGUGCCACAUGCCAAUGCCCAUCAGUGCCACAUCAAUGCCACAUAUCAGUGCAUACCAGUGCACAUCAAUGCCACAUAUCAGUGCCCAUGUAAGCUGCCUUUCAAUGUCACCCAUCAGUGCCAGUCAGUGCCACCUUUCAAUGUCAAUCAGUGCCACCUAUCAGUGC